AUGCCAGCCAGCGAUGGCCAGGCCCUCGCAACUGAUAACGCAGCCCCUCGCUGCAGACGUUGUGCGGAGUCACGCGCGCUGCGCAAAUCUGCAGGCAGACGCCGCCUGGACGUGCCUGAGAAAAGAUGCCGUUCAGCCAGGGUCCUCACGGGCACCCAUUUUCCCCCGGUCAGGCGCCACGGGAUCAGGGCGAUCCGUUUCUCGACCUACGCGGGGUCUCCCCGCUCUCACGCGCGCGGUCCCUCUGCACCGCCAGGAAUAGGGUGCUGCGGCGGGGGCAAAAGCCAGGGGGGUCCCCUGACACCUGGCUGGGAUGGGGACCGUGCAGUGACACAACUCGUCAGCCUCCCGCUGCUCCCCCCACCCCGUAUCUCAGCAUCCUUCCCAUGCCCUGUGCCUCUCUCAGUCCUCCUGCCCUUUCCAUCCCCAGGUGAGUUCAUGGGCUCCCCGAUGAGCGGCGAGGCGGCGGAUUACUUCCUCCUGGGCAGCCAGCCUUCCCCCUCGCUCAGCUACACCGGCAGCUUCUUCAUCAAGACGGUGCCAGAGCACCCCCAGGACCAAGAGUCCCUCUUCAACCUGAUGUCGGGGAUCCUGGGCAUCUCUCCUUUCGCCGCCUCCGAGGGCCACCAAAGACACUUGGAUGCUCUUUACUCCUGCCCCGAGGUGACUCAGAACCAGCUGGACCUUUACUCCAACUGCCAGCCCGACAUGAACGUGUCUGUCCAAGCCCCGUUCCCGGAGCAGGGUUACACCAGCUUCCCCGCCGCGGAGAGCCUGCCUCCCCUCCAGGCGCAACCUGGCGUAGGAAAUGCCUCUCAGUGCUUCUUCGAGACCAAGCUCUUGGACAAUAAACCGGACAUCAAGCUGCCCUCCGUUUCCCCAUCCCUGGACAAAUUUAAGGCCUCCUGUUCACAGUGGGAGCCUGUCGCCCAACAUCAGUCCUACCUACCCACUGGCUACCAUUCCCCUGAGGCCUUCCCUGCUGCAGAAAGUAGCCAGGCUAUGUUUCAUCCCCUGGGCUCCAAGAUUGAAAAUGUGCUGUCUGUCAGCUGCCAGUCGGAGCUCAACAGCCUCGCUGAGGAUCCCGGCUGCUUUGGCAGCAAUUUGGCGUUUAGCUGCGAGCCAGAAAAUUUCCAGGCUCGCGGUGACUUUGGUGACACCAAGAUCCACAGCCUCCCUCCCCAGUUAAUCCCAGAGUUUGACUCCUCCUUGGCUCAGCCGCAAGUCUUGCCAGGUUUGAUUAGCUCAAACGAGCUGCUUCAUCCUCACCCGUCCCCCUCCGUCCCACCCACGGACUUUUUGGGCCAUCCCACCCCUUCCUCCAUCGCCUCUCUGCUCCCUGCCAACCCUUCGGCCCUUGCUGAGCCCAAGAGGAAGACCCGCAGGACCAAGUGCUCUUCCAAAUGCUUCUGCCCCAAGCCUCACGAGAAGGCCUUCGCCUGCCCGGUGGAGAACUGUAUCCGGAGCUUCGCCCGCUCGGACGAGCUCAAUAGGCACCUCCGGAUCCACACAGGGCACAAGCCUUUCCAGUGUCGCAUCUGCCUGAGGAACUUCAGCCGCAGCGACCACCUGACCACGCACAUCCGCACGCACACCGGCGAGAAACCCUUCUCCUGCGACAUCUGCGGCCGCCGGUUCGCCAGGAGUGACGAAAAGAAGCGGCACAGCAAAGUCCACUUGAAGCAGAAAGCCCGGACGGAGGAGAAGCUCAAAGGCUUGGGCUUCUUCUCGGUGGGUCUGUCCUUCGGGGCGCUGUGACGCCCAGGCCUGAGCUCUGGGAGGUGACGUUUCCCGAGACGGGUCCCCGUGCAUCUUGCAGAAGAGCUGGGGUGGAAAUAGCCCCCACGCACAGCCUGAGGUGGCCCUGGACAAGAAGACGGCAAAUACCGGUGGGCCAGGUGCCUCUGCUCGGCUCGCUCUGCCGGGGAGGAGAGAAGCGCGUGGGGCGUACGUACAGGGAGGGAGAGGCGACGCCGGCGC